GCCGUUUAAUUGUCUCUCAUCUCUCGUAGCGCGCGGACGUGUGUGGCGGGUGUUCGCGGUCGUGUGUGUCGUCGACUCGGUUCGGCUGUUUCGUUUCUGUGUUCUAAGCUACAGUAAAAUGUUGCCAACCCAACCAUAAGUGACGGUGUUCCGUACAGUGAACCGUGCUGCAUUCAAAUAAAAGCAGCUUGUGUAAACGUGGUGUUUCCGUCUUUGCAUGGCGUACGGUGUAGAAAGAAAAACGGGCUCCAUCAAGGCUGUGGUUCCUGUUUGCGACCAAAAAAGUGCAUUCGUGUACGCACACAUAGAAGGCUCCACAGAGUACAGGCUCCUCCAGAAAUUUUAAGCACCAGAACCACUCAAACCCGUAAACAGCAGCACAGCUUCGAGAGGCAGAGUGGUUCUAUACAGUUGUUUUUUGUUCACAGAUGUUUAACCACUCCAAUAAACCAGCCAUCAUCAAACCGUGGUGUAGUAGUGUGAAUAAGCAAAAGUGCCGCAGAAAGUGUUAGAAGCAUAGCAGCUGAGUAACUGGGCGUCUCCAUUUUUUCACGUUAGGAAAUUGUUAGUGAAAAAGAUAUCCAAGAUUAAAAAAAAAAGAUAGGUUAAGUGUCCUUCCGUCAAGGGGUUUCUAAUCCCCCCACCGAGCCGAGCUCCAUCUUUAGCCGAACGUGUAGUGGAUUAGUGGGGAGCAAGUGUUAUCCAUUUUUGCUCCGAGGCCAUCAAACCCAUCUUAGAAAACAAUACAAACCCCACCCGGGUGAAGACAUAAAACCCGUGCCCGUGACACGGUGCAGAGCCACUAGGUAAAACACAAAAGCCUUCACAAUGGGUGACAGCACGAUUGGAUCGGUAAGCUUCCUGCAUCUCGGUGACAUUGUGUCCCUGUACUCGGAAGGAAGCGUCUCCGGAUUUCUUAGUACCCUCGGUCUAGUCGAUGAUCGUGUGGUCGUGUGUCCUGGGGCUGGUGAUCUUAACGAUCCGCCGGAAAAGUUUCGCGACUGCCUCAUCAAAAUAUGUCCCAUGAACCGAUACUCCGCCCAGAAGCAGUUCUGGAAGGCGGCCAAACAGAGCACAACAACGAACACCGACACGAGCCUGCUCAAGAGGUUGCACCAUGCGGCCGAAAUAGAGAAGAAACAAAAUGAGUCGGAAAACAAGAAGCUACUCGGCACGGUCGUCCAGUACGGCAGCGUCGUCCAGCUACUCCAUCUCAAAUCGAACAAGUACGUCACGGUCAACAUCCGAUUGCCGGCGCUGCUCGAGAAGAACGCAAUGCGCGUGUACCUGGACGCGAACGGUAACGAAGGCUCGUGGUUCUACAUUAUGCCCUUCUACAAGCUCCGUUCGGCCGGUGACAAUGUGGUGGUGAGUGAUAAGGUUAUCCUGAAGCCGGUCAACGCUAACCGGCAGAAUCUGCACGUGGCCGCCACCUACGAACUGCCGGACAAUCCGGGCAGCAAGGAGGUAAACGUUUUGAACUCGUCCACCUCCUGGAAGAUCACGCUCUUCAUGGAGCAGCGCGAAAACCAGGAAGAUGUGCUGAAGGGUGGCGAUGUGGUGCGGUUGUUCCACGCCGAGCAGGAAAAGUUCCUCACGAUGGACGAGUACAAGAAGCAGCAGCACGUGUUUUUACGUACGACCGGUAGAAGCAGUGCGACGGCGGCCACCAGCAGUAAAGCCCUGUGGGAGGUGGAAGUGGUCCAGCACGAUAGUUGUCGGGGUGGUGCCGGGCAUUGGAAUUCGUUGUUUCGCUUCAAACAUCUGGCCACCGGGUACUAUCUGGCGGCGGAAAUCGAUGAAGACAUUUCGCGGACGGAAAAGUCGAGCAGCUCCAGCCAUCCGCAAGGUGGCGAUUCGUUCCGCUUAGUGCCGGUGCCCCAUUCUACCGACAUUGCGUCAGUGUUUGAGCUCGAUUCGACCACGAUCACGCGGCCGGAAGGAUUGGUACCGCAGUCGAGCUACGUACGGUUGCGACAUCUCUGCUCAAACACCUGGGUACAUGCGACCUCCGUCCCGAUCGAUAUCGACGACGAUAAGCCGGUUAUGUCGAAGGUGGGUUGUUCCGCGAUCAAGGAAGACAAGGAAGCGUUCCAGCUGAUCCCGGUGUCUCCGGUGGAGGUGCGUGAUCUGGACUUUGCUAACGAUGCCUGCAAGCUGCUGCUAGCGAUGAGCACCAAGCUCGAAAAUGGAACAAUAUCGUCGAACGAACGGCGAUCGCUGAUAGCGCUGCUGCAGGACAUUGUGUUCUUCAUAGCGGGUCAGGAAAACGAUCAGAACAAAUCGGACGCGCUGGACCUUACAAUCAACAACCCGAACCGUGAUCGCCAGAAGCUGCUGCGCGAACAGUACAUCCUGAAGCAACUGUUCAAGAUACUGCAGGGUCCGUUUCAGGAGACGAAAAACAAUGACGGACCGUUCCUGAAGAUCGACGAGCUGGGCGACCCGAAGAAUGCACCGUUCAAAAACAUCUUUCGGCUGUGCUACCGGAUACUGAAGCUCAGCCAGCAGGACUACCGCAAGAAUCAGGAGUACAUCGCGAAACACUUUGGGCUGAUGCAGAAACAGAUCGGGUACGACAUACUGGCGGAGGAUACGAUCACUGCCCUGUUGCACAACAAUCGUAAGUUGCUCGAGAAACACAUCACCGCAGCGGAAAUUGAAACGUUCGUCGGGUUGGUGCGCAAGAACAUGCAGAGUUGGCAGUCGCGGUUCCUGGAUUAUCUGUCCGAUCUGUGUGUUUCAAACAAGAAAGCGAUCGCCGUUACCCAGGAGCUGAUCUGUAAGAGUGUUCUGAGUGCGAAGAAUGCGGACAUUCUGAUCGAAACGUUCCUCCGGGAGGUGGACGAUGAUCCGCUCGGGUAUCUGAAUGAGCUGGAGCGUGGAAAUCGAGAGUUUACCGAGAUACGGGAGGUUGAUGAAUCGAGCUCGGGGGCUGCAGCUGGUGAUGGAGAGUCGAAGGGAACGGCCGUCCCGAACGGAAAACGCAAACUGGACGAGAAGAAGCGAUACGAGGUGGUUCUAAUGUGGCAGAAUCGAACGCAAUCAAAAUCGAUGAGCCGACUAGCGCAGGGAUUAAAGAUCGGACGCGCCGUAGAUACCGCCAUUCUCGACUACUAUCGCCACCAGCUAAACCUGUUCUCCAACAUGUGCCUCAACCGGCAGUACCUUGCGCUGAACAAUCUCUCGCCCCACCUCGACAUCGAUCUGAUACUGCGCUGCAUGUCGGACAAGACUGUGCCGUACGAUCUGCGCGCCUCGUUCUGCCGGCUGAUGCUGCACCUGCACGUCGAUCGCGACCCGCAGGAACCGGUAACACCGGUCAAGUAUGCGCGUCUCUGGUCCGAAAUACCAACCGUCAUGUCGAUUAAUGAUUACGACAUCGAAAAGCAACCGGACAGCAACAAGGAAGCGGUACGGGCACGGUUCAACAAAACGAUCGCCUUCGUCGAGGACUAUCUGUGCAAUCAUGUCGUGUCGAAGAUGUGGUUUGCCGACCAGGAUCAGAACAAGCUGACGUUCGAGGUGGUUAAGCUGGCCCGUGAUCUCAUCUACUUUGGAUUUUACAGCUUCAGCGAUUUGUUGCGGCUCACGAAAACGCUCCUAAACAUACUGGACUGUGUUUCGAGCAGUGAGGCGGAUGGGACGGGCCUGCCGACCGGACAUAUCGACUCGACCGAAAAGGGGACGGCACCAUUGCCCGGCAUCGCGGUACAAGAUGAGGCCGGUGGCGUAACGGCGGCCGUCGGUCCGAGCAAGGAGAUGAACGCUCGCAAAGAUUCGCAUGAUGGUGGGGGAUUAUUACUAACGACAGAGUUUGGGUUACCGAAAAAGCUUAACCGGUCCGCUUCAACGGUGGCGGUACUGGCUGCCAUCGAGGCAACGAAGGGUGCAUCGAAGUUCCGCUCCGGUAGCAUCCCGGAAGCGAACAUCGGUGGCUCUUCCGGCGGUGGUAGCAAUGAGAAUGGUAAUGCGGAAGGAGGCGUAUUGCGACGCAUCGGUGAUAUGGGUGCGGUGAUGACCUCGCUUACUCUCGGCCCCAUCUCGACCGCCAUCGUGUCACCCACCAUACAGCACCGUAAAUCCGUCUCGCAGCUGAUGAAGGAAUACCCGCUGGUGAUGGACACCAAGCUGAAGAUAAUCGAAAUCCUACAGUUCAUCCUGGACGUUCGUCUCGACUAUCGGAUUAGCUGUUUGCUUUCGAUAUUUAAGCGUGAGUUUGAUGAAAAUGAGCAAACGGCAGCUACGGUAGCUACCAUGCCACUAGCUCCACCAACCGUCAUCGUUCCCGCCGAAGCACCAACGAUCGUUCCGCCAGGUGCCGUUGAUCGGCCCUCCACUGCCAGUGAUCCGUCCCCAUCGGUUUCGGUUGUAGUGCCGACGGAUAGCAUUCCGAAGGAAGUGAACAAUAGCAUCGCAGGAGACACCACGUCCGAGGUUUCACUAACGCUAAGCAGCACAACAACGGAAACGACAGCUACAACCGCAUCGGAUUCCACCUCGGAAGGGUAUGGAACGAUGGCCAGCGAAAGUAGCUCCAUGACGGAAGGCCCCGGUAGCAGCGGUUCCAAACCCGAGAGCCACCUUCCACCUACGGCAGAGAACAUAAAUUUGCGCCAGAAAAACAUCGAUCUCGAAUCGAUCGGGUACCAGGCGGAAGGUAUUUUUGGCUGUACCGAGGACACGUACAACCCGCUCGACCUGGACGGACAGGGUGGGCGUACGUUCCUGCGCGUCCUGCUCCAUCUCAUCAUGCACGAAUAUCCUGCCCUCGUGUCUGGGGCACUUCAUCUCCUGUUCCGCCACUUUAGCCAACGCCACGAGGUGCUGCACGCGUUCCGGCAGGUGCAGCUGCUGGUGUCGGACAGUGAUGUGGAGUCGUACAAGCAGAUCAAAUCCGACCUGGACGUACUGCGGCAGAGUGUGGAAAAGUCGGAACUGUGGGUGUACAAAUCGAAGCAGACGGACGAUUUGCUUGCCGGCGGUGGUGAAGGUGGAGAAGGUGCGGAUGGUGGCGGUGGGGCGGGAGGCAAGGGUGGCAAUGAGCAGGGUGAUGGUGGAGCGGGAGGUGGUGGUAAAUCGGGCGUGGGCAAUUCGAAAGGAAAGCCGGAAUUGGUGAAGCAAGAAUCGCAGCUCAACUUUGACCAGGGUCCCGAGCUGAAUCCGGAACAAUCGUUGGAGUACAAGAAGAUUCAACAGAUAUUGAUACGGAUGAACAAGCUCUGCAUCACGGCGACUGGGCCGGAUGGUUUCGUGAAGCCUCGAAAGCAUGAGCAACGGCUGCUGAGGAACGUUGGAGUGCACACGGUGGUGCUGGAUCUGCUUCAAAUCCCGUACGACGAAAAGGAUGACUAUCGGAUGAAUGAGUUGAUGCGGCUGGCGCACGAAUUUCUGCAGAACUUCUGCCUGGGCAAUCAACAGAACCAGAUACUGCUGCACAAGCAGUUGGAUCUGUUUUUAAACCCGGGGAUCCUGGAGGCCGAAACGGUGUGCGCCAUCUUCAAGGAUAACCUGAACCUCUGCAACGAAGUGAGCGACAAGGUGGUGCAACACUUUGUGCACUGUAUCGAAAUACACGGCCGCCACGUGGAGUACCUCAAGUUCCUGCAGACGAUCAUCAAGGCGGAGAAUCAGUUCAUACGCAAGUGUCAGGAUAUGGUGAUGCAGGAGCUCGUGAACGCGGGCGAAGAAGUGCUCGUGUUCUACAACGAUAAGGCUUCGUUCAACUACUUUGUGGAGCUGAUGCGCUCGUACAGUGCCGGCACGCUGGCCGAUUCGAGCCCGCUCAUGUACCAUAUCGAGCUGGUGAAGCUGCUCGCCUGCUGCACGAUGGGCAAGAACGUGUACACGGAGAUCAAGUGCAACAGCUUGCUGGCGCUGGAUGAUAUCGUAGCCAUGAUAUCGCACCCGGACUGCAUCCCGGAGGUUAAGGUAGCGUACGUGGACUUCCUCUGCCACUGCUACAUCGACACGGAGGUUGAGGUGAAGGAGAUCUACUCGUCGAACCAUAUGUGGUGCCUGUUCGAGAAGUCGUUCCUGAUCGACAUCAACAAUGUGGUGAAGGGUGGUUCGUUCACCAACCGGCAGCUGGAGAACUAUGUCUGCAACGAGGUGAUGAACAUUCUGACCACGUUCUUCAACAGUCAGUUUUCCGACCAGAGCACAGCGCUACAGAAACGGCAGCUCAUUUUCGUGAAGAUCCUGCAGAAUUCCUUCAAGCUCACACAGUGCAAGGGUCUUACUCCAUCCCAGCGUUUCAACGUGGAAAACUGUAUCCGUACCCUGUCGGAAAAGGCAAAACCCCGUGGCAUUGCCAUCCCGAUCGAUCUCGAGAACCAGGUGGUGAAGAUGUUCAACAAAACGGCCAUGCUUUCGCGCCAAACCAGCAAAUGGCUGCUGGUGACGAAGCAAACCAAGAUGGAACGAUCCCAGUCACAGAUCAUGCGCAUGGAUCGUAGCAUUAUCGAGGGCCUGCAGGACAUUGUGUCGCUGCUGGAGGACAAACUGAAACCCCUGGUCGAAGCGGAACAAUCGCUGCUGGUGGACAUUCUUUACCGCUCCGAGUUGCUUUUCCCGCUCAACACGGAAUCUCGCAAAAAGUGUGAAACGGGUGACUUCAUCCGGCACCUCAUAAAGCACACGGAGAAGUUGCUCGAAGAGAAGGAAGAGAAGCUGUGCGUGAAGAUCCUGAAAACGCUCAAGGAGAUGAUGACGAUCGAUUGUGAUUAUGGUGAUAAGGGUGAUCAUCUGCGUACGAUUCUGCUGAAGCGCUACUUUGGAAACGAUUUUACGCUCCAGGCACCGAUACCCGCGCUGCCGGGAGCGGUAGGACCGGCCGUACUGCAACCGGUGAUCGUAUCGGCGGUGGUCAGCUCUCCGAUGGCUAGCGUAUCGCACGGUCCGGGCGCGAAGUAUCUGAUCCGGGCCGGACGUACCCUGCACGAGGUGCAGAACCAUCUGGACAAGGAGGGUGCGAGCGAUCUCGUGAUUGAGCUGGUCAUAAAGUCGAUCAACUCGCCGUCGAUCUUUGUGGAAGCGAUCGAGCUGGGUAUCGCACUGCUCGAGGGCGGAAAUCCCAUCAUCCAGAAGGGAAUGUACAACAAGUUCCUGAGCAACGAUCUGAGCCAAUCGUUCUUUAAAGUGUUUUUCGACAAGAUGAAAGAUGCACAGCAGGAGAUCAAGUCUACCGUGACGGUGAACACGUCCGAUAUGGCGGCGAACAAGGCGAGCGAGAGCAAGGUGGAGGGUAAGGAUCUGGACAAGAUUGGCCAGCGCAAGAACGUGAACAAGGUGAACGGGAUCGUCAUUACCGAGGACUUUAAGGAGGAGCUCCAGAAUGCGGCCCUCAUGACGCAACAGUCGUACAUAAAUGCGCGCAAUUUAGCGGCCACUUCCGAUGGGACCGGGUCCGACAAUGGAGAUGAAAAUUCGCUGAUGAGCAUUGGCAGUUCGGCGCUCGAGGACAUACUGGCGGAGAAGCUCGAGAAGCACAAGGACAAGGAUGAGAACAACAAGCUGUCGAACAAGGUGCUUGUGAUGCAACCGAUCUUGCGCUUUUUGCAGCUGCUGUGCGAGAAUCACAAUCCUGAGCUGCAGAAUCUGCUGCGCAAUCAGAACAACAAGACAAACUACAAUCUCGUGUCGGAGACGCUCAUGUUUCUGGACUGUAUCUGCGGUUCGACGACAGGCGGGCUCGGACUGCUUGGGCUUUACAUCAACGAGAACAAUGUGUCGCUGAUUAACCAGACGCUCGAAACGCUCACCGAGUACUGCCAGGGACCGUGUCACGAUAAUCAGAACUGCAUUGCGACGCACGAAUCGAACGGACUGGACAUCAUUACGGCGCUUAUCCUGAACGACAUCAAUCCGCUCGGGAAGAAUCGGAUGGAUUUGGUGCUGGAGUUGAAGAACAAUGCGUCGAAGCUGCUGCUGGCGAUCAUGGAGUCGCGCGGCGAUAGUGAGAAUGCGGAGCGCAUCCUGGCGAACAUGAACCCGAAGCAGCUGGUUGAGGUGGCGUGCCGAGCGUACCAUCAGGACGAGAACAUACUGAUGCUGCUGAACCAGAGUGACGGUGGAGGAGGUAGCAGUGGGGUCGGCGGUGGUGGAGGAAGCGGUGGUGGAAGUGGAGGCCCGGAUGAUGGAUACGGCAGCUUACGGCACGAGCUCGGAGACGACGGGCACGAUGACGACGAUGUCGGCGUAUCGCCGAAGGAAGUCGGACACAACAUCUACAUCCUGUGUCACCAGCUGGCACAGCACAAUAAGGAGCUGGCGGGAUUGUUAAAGAUUGAUAGUUUUAAUAGCGGCGCCGCUGGGAACAGUGCAGCACCGCCCGCUGUGCCCACCUUCCCGGGUGCAAAUCCGAGCAGUCUGGGUGGUGGGCCGCCUAGCAGCAGCAGUAGCAAUAGUGCUACGAGCAAAGCGAACAGUAAAACAAACCAAGCGCUUCUGUACUAUCAGACACACACGGCCCAGAUCGAAAUCGUUCGGCAUGAUCGUACGCUGGAGCAGAUCGUGUUUCCGAUACCGGAGAUCUGCGAGUAUCUGACGAAGGAUACGAAGGUGCGCGUGCUGAAUACGGCGGAGCGGGACGAUCAGGGCAGCAAGGUGGCCGAUUUCUUCGAUCGGCACGAGGCGAUGUUUAACGAGAUGAAGUGGCAGAAGAAGUUGCGCGGGCAGCCGGCGCUGUUCUGGGUCAGCAGCUACAUGUCGCUGUGGAGCAACAUCCUGUUCAAUCUGGCCGUGCUGAUCAACCUGAUUGUGGCGUUUUUCUAUCCCUUCGAGAAUGCACUACCAGAAUUAAGCUUCCAUCUUUCAUCGUUGAUCUGGAUCGUGAUGCUGGUGUCGUUGGCGAUCGUAAUUACCCUUCCCCGUCAGUCGGGCAUCCGGACGUUCGUGGUGGCACUGAUACUAAGGCUCAUCUUUUCCUGCGGUCCCGAACCGACCCUAUGGCUGCUCGGGUGCAUCACCGUCAUCAUGAAGGGUGUACACAUUAUCAGCCUGAUGGGCAACUACGGCACGCUGGAGAAACACUUUGUGUCGAUCAUUACGGAUGCGGAACUCCUGUACCACUUCUUCUAUCUGCUGUUCUGUGUGUUUGGCGUACUGUUGCAUCCGUUUUUCUUCUCCAUUUUGCUGUUCGAUGUGGUGUACCGGGAAGAAACGCUUCUCAACGUGAUCCGAUCGGUGACGCGAAACGGGCGCUCGAUCAUAUUAACUGCCGUCCUCGCGCUUAUCCUCGUGUACAUGUUCUCCAUCAUUGGGUACAUGUUCUUCCGUGACGAUUUCCUCGUGCCGGUCGAUGAAGAGUACAGUGAAGCUGCAGCCAGCACCACCGGGGAUGCCGAUUGUACCGGAGAGCCAACCGUAAGCCACAUGGUACCACCGGACCUAGUGGAACAGGUGGUGCAGCAAACCUGUUCGAAGCUUCCCACGGCGGGCAGUAGCAGCGAAGUAGCCGAAUCGAACGACGGUGGUGAAAUGAAGGAGCGUGGAUGCGAUUCCAUGAUUAUGUGCAUCAUCACAACGCUCAACCAGGGCCUGCGGAACGGUGGUGGCAUCGGUGAUAUAUUGCGCGCACCGAGCAGAAAGGAAACACUGUUCGUGCCGCGCGUCAUCUACGAUUUGCUGUUCUUCUUCAUCGUCAUCAUUAUUGUGCUGAACCUGAUCUUCGGUGUGAUCAUCGACACGUUUGCCGAUCUGAGAAGCGAAAAGCAGCAGAAGGAGCUGAUCCUCAAGAACACGUGCUUCAUCUGCGGGCUGAAUCGUUCCGCGUUCGAUAACAAGACGGUCAGCUUCGAGGAGCACAUCAAGAACGAGCACAACAUGUGGCACUACCUGUACUUUAUCGUGCUCGUGAAGGUGAAGGAUCCUACCGAGUUUACCGGGCCGGAAAGCUACGUGCACGCAAUGGUAAAGGCCAACAUACAGGAUUGGUUCCCGCGGUUGCGUGCCAUGUCGCUGGCAGCGGUCGAUGGCGACGGCGAGCAGAUUGAGCUGCGCAGCCUGAAGAAUCUGCUCGAAACCAACCACAUUGCGGUGCGCGAACUGAUGACACAGAUUAUGGAGCUGGAAAAUAAGAUGACGGAACAGCGCAAACAGCGGCAACGGCACGCCCUGCUCAACCCAACCACGUCCACCUCGUACCAGUUCUAUCCGCAGCUCUGAUGCUCAUCGUCCGUGCUGCUCGCCGGCGGUGCCGGUGAUGAGGGCCGACGCAAAAUGAUGGCCUAAACCGGAAGGCGCGAGCAAUUGUUUCACCGGCAAGCAGCGGCGAUUAUUUGUGAUAAGAAGCUUCGUGUUUUGUUUGUUAUAAUUUGGUAAGCGAUCAACUUCUUCCCGUUAAUAUGGUACCGACCGAUCAACCGGACCGGCGGAAAAAGUAAGGAAUCCAUUUUCUGUUUAUAAAAGUAUAGUAAAAAAAGGGGGCAGCUUUUGUCUCUUUUUCCCCUUCGACCUCGAAUCGGUUAAGCGGUGUAAAUGAAAACGCUGCAUGUUAUUUAUCAUAUAUAGAGUUUACAAAAGCGCACAGUCGAAAUGCUGCGCCGUCCCUUUAGUGGUGUAUAGCUAGUAGAUUGUUCACUAUUAGUGUUAGUGGGUUCCGUCUCACACAAAAGUAAAUUAUCUAGCCCGAAAAAAACUCUUUAAACUCGUAACUAACCGUGACUAUGUCCGAAUCUCUUUCCCAACGUUUAACCCACCCACCCAACCGACUGACUGACUGACUGACUGACUUUUGCUAUUCCACGACAGCCUCUACACGUUCGAACUCCAUUUCACCGUGAACCGCCGACAAAAUCUCUCGAACCGCAACCCUAUUUUUCCUCCGACAAUAGUUGUUACUGUGCGUGUUUUUCUAACUUGUAGUUAUGUUUGUAAGCUCGUUCCCGCUGCCUAGUUUGUGUGUAACACAAGGGUUCGUAACAGCCUUUUGUUUAAAAGUGUAAGGAUGUGUUAAUGUGUAGGAUAGUAACGCAACUUCUUGUGGUCGUGGAGCCUUUUAAAGCAAUUUAUAAACACACACACACACUUUACCCUAGCACCGCCGUAACGGAAGCAACGAAUUUAUCGUUAUGCGUUUAAAUCACAAUAAUGUGUAGAGUGUGUAUACCAUUGUGCAAUCAACGUUGCCUUUUUUUGGUCCAAUUCGCACGACGGUAUGACUGUGAAUGAUGUCCAACGAUGUUCCUUUUACUUUCGUUACUUAUCCACUUGCGUUGUGAAAAAAAGGGAAACGUAAUUUCGCUUAAAUCAACUUCUUAUUUCGCAAAGCGUUACCUUUCUUUAACUAACUAAUCUAGUGUUUAACACCUUUCCAAUUUGCUUAGUGAGUUAGUUUGUGAAGCUGCCCCGUCUGUCAUGCAGCAGUGCUCGGCUAUUUAGAGAACUGCGUUUAUAAUAGAGGGGGGACUUCUCAACGAUCGCAUCUAACACUUAUUCUAAAUGAAGGUUGCCACGUGAUAAAGAGCAAACAUAGAAACUUACGAGCGUAAUCAAACUGUAGCAGCAAAUGGGAUUUGAUGAGUGAAGUCUUGUUUCAAAUAUAGCAUAGGGAGAGAUUAACGCCUGGCUGGUUUGCAAAAGUUAAAUGAGGUUUUUUUUUGUUUGUACACUGAUACCUACACCUGUUUACAGUUACAGUCGAAUCGCUCGCCGUUUUCUUCGACUCACGAGCUGCCUGCUUCGAUUUGCAUUCGAUUUCACCAUCGAAUGGGCGACACUUUGCUCGAAUCACAUGCCGUUACCAUGGAAUUACGUGCCGGUGUACAUGGAUUCUUGUAUGUUAGCACAUUUCAAAUACGCUGUUUCUCUCGAACAAAUAGUUUUUUCUUGUCGUUAUAACGCACGGAUAAUUUUUACUAUUUAAUAGAAAUAUAGAAAGCAAUAUUUUAAACUAUUUUACGCGUGUUUUACAUAUUGUGUCAAAGUAAAAAUGAACGAUACAUACCUACUAUUUCCAAGAAUUCAACGAAAAAUUCACAAACUGAAAAAGAAAGUUUUUUCCAAGUUUUCUUCGCCGUUCGAACACGUUCAUUUCCGCUAGUUUAAUGUAUAGAUUGUUGAGCUUCUCGGUUUGACGCGACGAGUGCCUAUCAGGCAACACGGAAUGAGUGCCAGUCGGGCUACACUUUGUACAACACACACACACACUUUAACUUUGAAUAAAGAUUCAUUCCUGCAUCAA